AUGCAUGCCACAGGAAUAAAACUCAUGUUCCCUUCAGCUGUGGUGUUCCAUGUGUAUGAGCCCCAGCUUGCAAUGGGGAUUGCGCUUUUUGCGAUCUUUGCGUUUGCAACAUGCGGUGGCUAUUCCGGAGGCCUGCGGCUGAGUGUGGACUGUGCCAACAAGACGGAAAGUAACCUCAGCAUUGACAUAGCAUUUGCCUACCCAUUCAGGUUACACCAGGUGACGUUUGAAGUGCCCACCUGCGAAGGGAAGGAGCAACAGAAGCUGGCAUUGACUGGUGACUCCUCAUCUUCCGCCGAGUUCUUCGUCACGGUUGCUGUCUUUGCCUUCCUCUACUCCCUGGCUGCCACCGUCGUUUACAUUUUCUUCCAGAACAAGUACCGGGAGAACAACCGCGGCCCGCUCAUUGACUUCAUCGUCACUGUAGUCUUUUCGUUUUUGUGGUUGGUGGGUUCAUCAGCUUGGGCGAAAGGACUGUCUGAUGUCAAGGUCGCGACGGAUCCUAAGGAAGUAUUGUUACUGAUGUCAGCUUGCAAACAGCCGUCCAACAAAUGCAUGGCUGUCCACAGCCCUGUAAUGUCCAGCUUAAACACUUCCGUGGUCUUUGGGUUCUUGAACUUUAUCCUCUGGGCUGGAAACAUCUGGUUUGUUUUCAAGGAGACCGGCUGGCAUUCCUCGGGACAGAGAUAUCUUUCAGACCCAAUGGAAAAGCACUCGAGUAGCUAUAACCAAGGCGGGUACAACCAAGACAGCUAUGGGUCAAGUGGCGGGUAUAGCCAGCAGGCGAGUAUGGGGCCAUCCUCAGAUGAGUUUGGCCAACAGUCCAGUGGCCCCGCUUCUUUUACCAAUCAGAUUUAA